AUGGUCUCCAUGCGCAACAUCUUCACUGCCGCUCUGGCUCUCGCUGCUCCCAUUUCUGCGGCUAUCACUCCUGCCCAGAUGGUCGACAACAUCAGGAUGCUCACCUCGAAGAGCCAGGCUCUCCAAGCACCUGCUCAGUCCAUCACUAUCAUUAACGGACCUCUCAUCGUCAUUGGCCAGGGACCAUUCCCCCAGAUCAUUGCUGGUUUCACCGACAUCAUCUCCACUACCACUGCUGCCAUCACUCAGAUGCAGGGCACUCAGCCUAUCAAGGCUGGUGCCGAAUCUGACGCCAUCUUCGACGCAUUCCGCGAAUUUGUCCGCGUCCACCAGGUUCUCUUGAACAUCCUCAUCGGCAAGGCUGGACUCUUUGAAACUGUCCCCGUCAUUGGCGAGCCUGUCGCAGCUGUCCUCAGACAGCUCGAGAACGUUGUCGACACCAUCGCUUUCGGCAUCAUCGACGUCGCCGAGUCCCAUGCUGCUGACCUCCAGGAUCAGACCAACAGUCUUAUUGGCACCCUCGACAUCUGCAUCAACUCCUACCAGGGUCUUAGCGUCAAUUAA